UAUAAUUUUUCUCUGCUCAGUACGUCCUGAGAGCUGUGAAGGAACUUUGGUUUAUCCAUACAUUUUCCAUUUCUGCUUCUCCAGUGCAAAGUUACAGUGAGCUGGGAGCUUUUCCCAAGAAGCACAGUGCGUAAAGGUAAAUGUUCAGUGCAUUUACAAAGGUGCUGAACUGAACUGCCGAUUUGACUGCAUUUCCUGGUUGGUCGUAGCCCCUGUAUGUGUGUGAUUUUGGUAUAAUGUCAACCCUAGGAUACAGAAUCUCACUAACCUUCUGUCAGACGUGCCUUACCCCGGCCUCAUUCUCUAUAAAUAGCCAGUCUGUCAGACUCUCCAGUGAUCAUGUUACCCGCCAUCCUGGUAAGCUCUUGCAUGUGCCCCAGCCGAAGGAGAGGAUUCACACGCGUGCCCUGAGAACGCUGCCACAUGCCCUCAGGGGCAAGAAAGAGUGCAAAUGACCAAGCCCGUCUCCCGAGAGGAGGCAGAGCGAAAGCUCAAGGCCCGAUUCCUGCAGGCCCUGCAGUGUGACGACGUGGACGAGGUGCAGAGGAUCCUGCACAGUACCAACAUCGACAUAGACACCGUGUUUGACGUGGAGGAUCGGAGUAUGACCCUGGCUUCCUACAAACAAGGCUACUGGCUGCCAGGUCACAAGCUAGAGUCAUCCUGGGCGACAGGUCUCCACGUUUGUGUGAUGUACGACUCCCUGGCCAGCGGCCUGGCACUGCUGGAGAAAGGGGCCGCCAUCAACCGCAAACCCAACGGGAAGACGCCCCUGCACGUGGCCUGCGAGGUCUCCAACGGCGACUUCGUCACCCUGCUCCUGAGCCACGGCGCCAGGAUCAACAGCAUCUCCCUGAGCGGCCACACAGCGCUACACUGCUGCAUAACCAAGGAGUCUGUGGAGUGUGCAAAACAGCUCAUUCUGAAAGGUGCUAAGGUGGACUGGUGCAGCGAGAACAGCGAGGCCGAGAGACCCCUGCACACAGCGGCCCGGUUCGGCAUCCCUGAGCUGGUGGGCCUGUACCUGACUCACGGUGCUGACGUGAACGGCACCAACGUGUACAAGGAAACGCCACUGAUCACGGCGGCCUACUGGGCGCUGCACAUGCGCGAUCAGGUUUAUAGUGGGCAGCACCACCUGGUGUGCCGGAUACUGCUGGACCACGGGGCCGACGUCAACGCGCAAGAGGUGGACGACAAGGUGGCGCUGCACAAGGCUGCGUGGAACUGCGACCACGUGCUGACGCGCAUGCUGCUGGAGGCUGGUGCCAACGCCCGCAUCAUGGACAUCAACGGCUGCUCACCCAUCCAGUACUUGUUGAAGGUGACCUCAGUGAGGCCCGGGGGAGUCCCCGAGCUCUGCAUCCAGCUGCUGCUCAACCAUGGUGCCGCGAGAAUAUACCCCCCCCAGUUCCACAAGGUGCUCCGCCCUGCCCGCCUCGCCCACCGGCGCCCGCGUGUUGCAGUCCUGUCACGAGUACCCCAGAGUGGUGGAGGUAAUGGUCAACUCAUACGAGCAUAUCAAGUCCACAAGAAAAUGGAAGACUGCCAUUCCCGACGACAUCUACAAGGUCUUCUAGAAAUAAUCUCGCUUGUUCAGAUCGACACCAGGACUUCUACGACUCGCUGUUCGCGGUGUGCAGUGACAGACCACGCACGCUGAUGCACCUGGCCAGGUGUGCCAUCCGAGCCCAACUGGGCAGCCGAUGCCACGCCGGGGUCUGGAGCCUGCCCGUGCCGUUGUCCAUGCAGAGGUACCUGCUGCUAGUUCCAGAGGGCAUCAUUUACUGAUUACCCAGCAUUCCCCAGGGGCCUGUCUCGAACAUACCCAUCAAAAAACAAACCAACAAGCAACAUUUCAAAAUGGCUAUACCUAAGCACAAUUUGCUGUUGCCCUGGGAUAGCUGAAGAGUUAUGUGAAUGACGAGAUUCGGACAGUGGGUCCCCGAUGAAGUGUGAUAUGGAAAAGGAAAUGGCUCACCGCUUAUAGCCAAACCUAAAAUAACUAAAAAGUGAUUAAGGAAGUGUUCGAGAGGGCGGCUGCAGUGACACGUCCUGCCCAGUGACCUACGGUACUUAGAUGUAAGAAGGUCGUUAACUGGCUGCACAAUGAUGCAUCUUCAUCCUCAGCGUAUUAUUUUUCUUGUGCUGGAUUUUCCAUGAAAGUAGAUUAAACGUGCGGGUGCACUAAGACCUUUCCCACGGUGACCUGAAAAAUGACUGAGGUGUAGAUCACUUAAAAAACACAUUUCAUUUGCUCAGGGAGGCAUGUCCGAUGAAACACAAUAAUAACUAAUGACGAAAUAUUACAUCAAAUCAGGAUGUUACUGGAGAAGGAAUUAAUUAAUUAAUUGCAAGUAGCUAGUAUUGUGAAAUACCCGGGAUGUCCGAAGAGGGAAAACCUCCUUCCUAGACCUUUGUUGUUGUUUUUAUGAUAUAUUAUAGCUAUGUAUAUAUAAUAUUAAAUGUAAUGUUAUGCACAAAUGUGGCUCAGCAGGCAGCGCUAUGGUCUCCAGGGGCAAGACUGGAAGUUCUGGGUCCCCUUGUUCAAACAGCUGGCGUGGUCCUGGGGGCCGUCCUGGGGGCCGCCCACAUCUGGACCUCCUGAAUGUUUCAGGGUUUCCAUCCCAUUUGCAUCCCCCUUGUUGCCCGACACCCCCAGGGUUGGGAAUUUGAAUCAUUUGAAUCACAGUCCAAAGACAUGCAGUUUGAUGAAUUGGCUUCUCUAAAUUGCCCGUAAUGUAUAUGUGUAUGGGUGUAUAUAUCACACCCAUACACACGUACUGUAUAUGUACUGUAUGUAUUACAUUAUGGGGACCAAAUGGCUCCGCAAUAUAGUUAAAAACCUGUUAGUGACCUUUUUUCAGUCCCCAUAAAGGGAAACUCAGUUUUAUAAAAAUCUGUGAAAUCAAAAAAGUAAAAAUGUGAAGUGUCUUGUA